AUGAACAAAGACAGCUCGGGCAAGAUGAACACCGACAUCGAUAUCAAGGCAGGCAGUAUUUUGGACGAGCCCACGGUCGAGGAGCUCAAAGUGGUGGGUAUGAGACAUGUCGAACUUUGCAAAACCUGGCUGGAGCAGUACGAGCUCGAUUUCGCAAGCACAUAUGCCUCAGUCCUAGCAAGACUGGAGGCCUGUGCCGCCAUUAAGAAGCCGGACCCGGAGGAGAUUGUGUCCCGAGUGAAGUGGCACGCCACGGAGAGUACCAAAGUUGGAGGACCGAGCCGAGAGGAACUGAUCAAGGUCGAAGAGGUGCGGACGCUGAGCUCUCGGACCUCGGACAGGGCCGACACCGUGGUGGACAUACUCGAAGAUGCCAAGCAGUGGUUCGUGAAAAGCAAGGCGACUGCCAGAGCGGUGUCCACAAAAGUGAUGACUAUCACCUGGGCAAUGGCAAGUCUCCACAAGAAUGGCCUGGAUUCCUUGGCAGAGGAAUGUCCCGGCGGCUGGGCCGGUAGAAUGUUGCAUCCAUGGAAUGACUACAUCAAGAGGAGCAAGCUCGAGUGGUCUUUCCAAAACUCCCUGGGCUUGCCGCAAAGGCUCUCUCCCAUGGAAAUGGAGAAAGAAGCAGACGACGAUCAGUAA